AUGUCAUACCAAGGAGGCGUGAAUAUCAGAAAGAAAUUGGUGAUAGUUGGGGAUGGUGCAUGUGGAAAGACGUGCCUUUUGGUUGUAUUUUCGAAGGGCCAAUUUCCCGAGAUACAUGUGCCCACAGUUUUUGAAAACUACGUGGCGGAUGUUGAUAUUGAUGGACGGCAUGUUGAACUAGCGUUAUGGGAUACUGCUGGUCAAGAAGAUUACGACAGGUUACGGCCACUUUCAUAUCCUGAUUCAAAUGUUGUGUUGAUCUGUUUUUCCGUGGACCUUCCAGAUUCGUUAGAUAAUGUUCAAGAAAAAUGGAUUAGUGAAGUGCUUCAUUUCUGUCAAGGGGUUCCAAUCCUACUCAUUGGGUGUAAGAUAGAUCUGAGAAACGACCCCCAAGUCAUAGACCAGUUACAUACGGCAGGUCAAAGACCUGUAACUGCUGCUGAAGGCAAAGAAGUUGCCGAGAAGAUCGGCGCUGUAGGUUACCUUGAGUGCUCUGCUAGAACAGGAGAAGGUGUCAGAGAAGUUUUUGACGCUGCAACCAGAGCUUCCCUGGCUGGCCACCCCAGUUCUGCUACUCCAUCUUCUAAAAAGAAAACUCAUUCGGAGAGGAAAAGCCUGAAAAAGAGAAAAAAAUGUAUCAUCUUAUAA